CCCUCUCCCGGCGGGCUGGGGGCGGGCCGGGCGCCGCGCCGCGCCGCCUCGCAGGGCCCGCCCGGGCCAGGCCCCUCCCGCCGCCCACCGGGACUCAGCCUUAGCCUCUGCCGGCGCCGCUGACCGGCCUCCGCUGCCUCUCCGCUUCUCCCGGCGGCGCCAUGCAGCUCCCGCCCUGCGCCGUGGUGCUCCUGGUGCUCCUGGGGACCCUGCGCGGCGCCGCAGGUCUUCUUGAGCUCUCCUUGGGAAAAUUCAGAAAUGUGCUGCUUAACCAGACCAAUUCAGUGGAAGCUGUAAUCAGGAAUGUUGCAAGCAAUGUGACUGUUGUUAUUUUUCAAGUACAUGCCCAGCAAAACAAUGUGGUGAUAUCCUUCGAUAAGAAUCCCUCUGUGAACAGCUCAGGAACUGGAGUAGACAAAGGACUGGUUUCCAUUCUUCGGCCUCAACAGAGUGUAUGUACGUGGUACCUUCGGUCACUGGAUGCUAACCGGGUGUUAAGCACAGCUAUCUCUAUUGCUUACAUGGAGAAAGAUCCUAUUCCUGGAGGCUGCAAUCUAGAAUUUGACUUGGAAGUGGAUCCCAAUAUUUACCUAGACUAUACUUUGGUUGAUGUACACAUCAAGUUUGCCCCUGCAAACUUGGGAUAUGCCAGAGGAGCAAAUCCACCAUCCUGUGAUUCAGGGACUGGUCAGAACUCCCGAUGGCGAUUGCUUUAUGAUGUCUAUCAGUACUUUUUACCAGAGAAUGAUCUUUCUGAGAUGGUACUCAUGAACCACAUCCGGAAGAUGUCUGAGGUGCACAGUAUCAAAGCUAACGGCAUUAAAGUGCUUACACUGACAACUGAUGACAAGACCAAUGUCUACUUUUCCUCACUCCCUGGGCAAGGUGUGAUCUACAAUGUCAUAGUAUGGGAUCCUCUUUGGAAUACUUCUGCUGCAUACGUACCUGUGCAUACAUACGCCUGCAGCUUUGCUGACCUAGUGGAUAACUGCUCUUCUGUCAGCAAACUCUCUACCAAAAUAUUCUUCACUGCUCUUGCUGUUCUUGGUCUCUUCACUUGCUUUUUUGGACACAGAUUCUGGAAAACAGACUUAUUCUUCAUGGGCUUCAUAUUCACAGGAUUCUUCUUCUUUGUGAUCAUUACUAGGGUAACUGGCCUUGGUUAUGAUGUACGUCUUAUUUUGACAGCAGUAGCUGGAAUUACUGGAGGGCUUCUCCUGGUUGCUAACUGGUGGAGAUUUGGCUCUGUCCUACUUUGUAUGUUGAUUAUUGGUCUUGUGCUGGGAUUUCUCUUCUCAUCGGUGGUUGUCUUCACUCCACUAGGAGAUUACAAAGUCUUCCGUGAUGAUGUUGUGUUCUGGGUGACCUUUUCUUGUGUGGCCUUGAUGAUUCCAGUGCUUUUUUUUGGCUGUCCAAGAAUUCUGAACAUAUUGGCCUGUGGAGUAGUAGGCUCUUACUCAGUGGUCUUAGCUAUUGCCUGUUAUGUCUACACAAGUCUUGCCUACAUCACCUUAGACCUACUCAGAAGGAUCCUCAAUGAUUACUUCAGCAGAGCUUAUACCAAUGUGCCUUUUCAAACAAAUGACUUUAUCAUCCUGGCAGUGUGGGCAAUGCUGGCCCUCAGUGGAAUAACUGUGCAGCUUCGCCGAGAGAGAAGCGAGGUGCCCUUCCCACCGCACCCCUAUCUCCUCUGGAAGAGGGAGAGGGAGCGCAGGAGCACAAAUGUCUUAGACCCUAGCCAUCACAUCCCUCCUCUGAGAGACAGGAUCCACAACAAGCUAUUGCAGAUCAAAGAGGUCUUUCAGAAAGAGCAGCCAGCUGGCGAAAGAACUCCGUUACUUCUGUAACCAACCAAAUAACUGGUGGACACAGAGGAAGAGUCUAGAAACGUUGUGAGAUGGGUGAUCAUCAGCAAACAGUGAGCCAGUGGUGCAGGCUUUUACCACUCUGCUUAAUGAGAGGAGGUGUUUGCUCAGCUUGGAAGAAAAGCGUUCAUCUGUCAAUACACUACAUGCUGCUCUGUGACUUUGGUUUUUUUCCUCAGUGGCCCACUCAGCCUGCUGUAACAUGCAUGUGCCUAGCUGCAGAGAGCUUGUACUAUGGGUGAAGUACAGGUGUUUGUCUUGUGAUCUAUCUUGAUGUUUUAGGUAUGUGAAGUAUAAAACAGCCCUUAAGGUAACCUGUACAGUGUCAGUUCUUCCCUCGCAGUGUGAAAAAUCACUGCCAAAAUACUACCUGACUUACUCCCAAAGGUGAGCAGCCUGUCAACUUGUAAGGGAAGAAGAUAAGGACCAUAAACAGAAGGAGUUCUGUUAGCAGCAACUGAAGAAGUAUCUUCAAAAAAGGUACAAAAUGUAUGGCUGCAGACAAUGUUUCCAAGAAGUAUUACUGAACCUUGCAAACUGGACUAAGCGACUUGAAUUUAAACUGCACUGGAUUAACUGUUGUAUGUGUGCACAUUAGGACUCAAAGUGGAUGUGAUAUGAAACAAGACUCUCUCUCACUUUCAGUUGGCUCUGUAGCAAGCUGGUUCUCUGGUUUCUGUACAGAGACAACUGCUAAAAGAACACAAGAGGCUUGCUUCCUUGCUUGCUUUCCGAACAGCCUGCGACUUGUUUCAACUCUGAUAUAAUCUCUCAGCUUUUGAUGGGGUGCUGUCAUAAAAGAAUAACUGAAAUAAGCACUUCAUAGCCAAUGGCAGUCUAUUCCUGAACUUGGUUGAAACACUAGCUAUUUUUAUUUUUUUAAUUAAUGGAUCUUUUAACUUUUGCCUGUGAGGCAUGAAAAUGUCACACUGCAUGCAAAAUACUGACCAGGAUCCUUGUUGACUGAAUGAAUUCCUUACUGGUUUGGAUUGAAUCUGCCCAGAGUAUAAUGCAGUGUGAAAGGAGAUAGGGACCACUCUUGUAUUCAGUGGAGAACUACUGUCUUGUGUGGUGGCUUUAUUUACUUCCUUACAAACAAAACAAAACCCAGCCUUUUUUCAAAUUGCAAACUGGAGCAUUGUGGGUUUUGCUCACAUAAAUGCACAAAUAGUCCCAAGGCUUCCUUCGCCUUCCUUUCCCCCUUCUCCACUCCCAACCCUGGUCUUCACCUUCAAUGUUUACAUGGUGAUCUGUCAUGCAUUAAGCAAUGGUUGAAGUCUCACAUCCCAUAUCUUGCUACGGGCUAUGGUGGUUUGUUCUGAUUCUUCUCCCUGUCUUUGUAUCUUGAAUAUGGGCAGCGACAUGGGGAGUCCUUCUUAUUUGAAGUUGAGUAGAUGUUCUGCCACUUGAAUGAAACCAUAACUAGUGAAUAACCUAAGCAAACUCAAGUUUUCAGCCACCACUUUAAAUUCUUGGCAUUAGGUAUGAGAGCAACAACUUUUUGUAUGGCAAGUGCCGAAAGAACUUUCUCAGAACUUUCUUCUUUUUCGAAAGCUAAAACAUCCUAGUAGCGGAAAAGAACUAAAAUGACUUUAAAAUGGCUUAAUUGGUAGCCUAUAUCUCCUUACAGAGUGAAGGCUUAUAAUGUGACUAGCAUCUGUGUUAUCUGACUGAGAGGGCCAAUUUCCAGGAUUGCUUAGACCUCAAACAGCUAAGCUAGGCUAAAAUCCUGCAGUUAGAUCUUGCUCUGCUGUGCUGCUCUCUGUGGCAAAUGGGGGUGGCUGUGGGUGGUGCUCUUUCCCUGGCCUGUAGCAUACUGAUGCUCACUGGCUGCCUCUACAGCACUGAUACUGAGCAUAUCUUUGCCAUAUUUGAUGGCUAAGUAGCAAACACUUAUUUCAUAUACAAAUGCUCUUAAACAUGUUUACCUUGUGUUUUUUAUAACUGCUGUGAUUAACAUUGUGAAAUAAGUUUAACUCUAAUAUUUUCUAAUCUUUUAUAAUAAAGAUGUCUUUUUUGAAAGAG